AUGAAGCUUCUUCUCCUUUUGGUCUUUAUUUUUGUGUUAUCUGCUGCCAGGAAGCUGGAGUUCGUACAAUCAGUUUGGAGACAUGGAGAUCGAGCGCCGAUUGAGCAACCUUAUCCAACUGACAGAUAUACAGAAGAAUACUGGCCCCGAGGAUGGGGGAUGCUCACUAACAUUGGAAUGCGUCAGUUAAAGAACUUGGGACAGUUCAUGAGAGCUCGUUACGCUACUCUGACCAAAACGAGGUUUGAUCCCAGUGAGGUUUAUUUGGUUACAUCUAAUGUUGAUCGUACUUCCGCUUCUGCUCAAUCUUUUUCCUAUGGCUUUUAUCCUGCAACAGGGGCUGAUGUGUUUGAGAGUGGGUUACCUUGGCAACCUACACCGAUCCAUGGUUCUUCUGAUGGCGUAGAUGAUUGGAUUUGCCGAGCCACUUCUAUAAAUUGCCCAAAAUACAAUGAUCAAUACGCGCCUAUAGCCAAUGCUUCAAUCGAGGAAAAUGAUAGAGAAUACGCAGACCUCUUUUCUUUCUUGUCAACCGUGACUGGGAUUUCAAACUUUUCAACUGUGGAUACAUUUGGCAUUUACGAUAUAAAUCGAGAGUUGGCUAACAAUCUGACGCAGCAGCCUGACUGGGUUUACAGGCGUUGGGAACAGUAUGGUGGCCGAACGACUCUGCAAAUCGCUACUGAUAUUGGCGAUUCAUUUUUUGUUCAAAUGUACAGUGCACCAAAUCUGGGGAGACGUUUUACCGGGUAUUUGUUGGGUGACUUCAUCACUACAGCUUUGAACGUGGCUAAUGGAACUCAGAAAAACCCGUCAAAGAUGAAACUAUACUCUUCGCAUGACACUGUUCUGAGUUCUUUGAUGUAUACAAUGGGCGUAGGAGACGGUAAAAUUCCAACAUAUGGAGCAGCUAUUAUUAUGGAAGUGUAUAGCGAUCCUUGGACAGUCGAAUUUGUCUAUCGAAACGACUCUACAAGAGAUCCUUAUCCUAUCUACAUUCCUGAUUGUGGAUAUUCGUGUUCUGUUAAGAAAUUAUCGGAAAUUUAUACUAGAACAGCGAUAUUCACAAUUGAAGAAGCUCAGGAAAAUUGUGGUAUAGUACCUGCUGAAUGCAGUUACAGUUCUGAACGCUUGGUUGUUUUCGGAGUAGUGUUGUCUAUAUUCUUCGUCUUCAAUUAA